AUGGGUGGCAAAACGUGGUCCAGGCAGGAAGAACGCCUUUUCUGGAAGAUUAUCGUUCCACAGUCUCCAAAGGCUGUGAAACCGUCUGAUCGAAUCCAUGACUGGAAAGUCUGCGCCGAAAUUAUGCAACAGGAAAUGGGGGUGAAUGCUCGCCGCAAGUAUUCGAAGCUCAUGCUCUUCGAACAUUAUUUCCAAAACGUUCAAACCGGCCACAAAUCGCCUUGCGCUCGUGAGUUUGUGGUGGAGCACAAGCGUGAACUUGGUGAGUUCCGCAAACGACGAAUGCUAUCGGACUCCAUCGCUGAAGAGAAUCCAGCACGGGCUCAACAGCGAAUGGUCACUUUGAUGCAAAGAGAGACUGCCAGGGCCGAUCUCUAG